CGGAAAGUGUACAGGAACAAUCUUCCACAGGGUUGCUGCUGAACUCGAAGCUAGGUUGCUAGCCAGCUAGCGACUUCGUUCCCUGAACAUGGCAGCGCACUUGAAAAAGCGAGUUUACGAGGAAUUCUCCAAAGUUGUACAGAUUCCCCAUGAGGAAGCUCCGGCCAGGAAGCUGCGUCUGUCCAAACCCAGCAAGUCUGCAGCUCUGCACAUUGACCUCUGUAAGGCCACCAACUCCACGGAUGCUCUGCAGUAUCUGCUGCAGUUUGCACGCAAGCCUGUGGAGGUGGAGAGUGUGGAGGGUGUGGUCAGGAUCCUGCUGGAGCACUACUAUAAGGAGACAGAUAACUCAGUAAGGCUGAAGAUUGCCUCUCUGCUGGGUCUGCUGUCCAAGACCCAGGGCUUCAGCCCCGACUGCAUCGUUGACGACGCCAUAAACACACUCAACAAUGAGAAGUCCCAUCAGGUUCUGGCCCAGCUUCUGGACACGCUGCUGGUCAUUGGUACACAACUACCUGAGAGUCCCACGGCCAGGCUGAGGCUCAUAGAAGUGGCCUGCAAGCACCUGUCUGAUACGUCUUUCGGCGUAAGGAACAAAUGUCUGCAGCUCCUGGGGUGUCUCGGCAUAGUGGACACUCCUCUGACAAAAGACGAGGGACUGGGCACGUCAUUAGGAGGAAUGAGGGACGUCCAGAAUAUCAUCAGCGACUACUUUGGAGACCAGGACCCCAGAGUUCGCACCGCAGCCAUCAAAGCCAUGCUGCAGCUGCACGAGAGAGGAAUGAAGAUCCACCAGAUCAUUUAUGAGCAGGCCUGCAGGUUGUUGUCAGAUGAUUAUGAGCAGGUCCGUUCUGCAGCCGUGCAGAUGGUCUGGGUGCUCAGCCAGCUCUACCCUGAGAGCAUCGUGCCCAUCCCCUCAUCCAACGAGGAGAUCCGACUGGUUGAUGACGCAUUUGGGAAGAUCAGUCACAUGGUCAGCGACGGCUCCUGGAUGGUCCGGGUGCAAGCUGCAAAAACUCUGGGUUCGAUGCUGCAGGUCAGUCCUCACUUCCUGGAACAAACGCUGGAUAAGAAGCUGAUGUCCGAUCUCAGAAGGAAGCGUACAGCCCAUGAACGGGCCAAGGAGCUCUUUGCUUCCGGGGAGUUUUCGUCUGGCAGGAAAUGGGCUGACGACGCCCCGAAGGAGAAACUGGACACCAACACUGUCAACCUCAUCGCCUCAGGGGCCUGUGGAGCCUUUGUUCACGGCCUGGAAGACGAGAUGUUUGAGGUCCGUAUCGCGGCGGUGGAGGCGUUGUGCCAGCUGGCCCGCUCGUCUGCGAGCUUUGCUGAGAAGUGUCUGGACUUCCUGGUGGACAUGUUCAACGACGAGAUUGAGGAAGUGAGGCUGCAGUCCAUCCACGUGCUGAGAGAAAUCUCCACCCACAUAACGCUCCGAGAGGACCAGCUGGACACCGUGCUGGCCGUGUUGGAGGACUCGUCUCGUGACAUCAGAGAAGCUCUCCACGAGCUGCUCUGCUACACCAACGUCUCCACUAAAGAGUGCAUCCAGCUGGCUCUGCUGGACCUGCUGAAGAACCUCAACAAGUAUCCCACCGACCGCAACUCUGUCUGGAAAUGUCUGAAGUUCUUGGGCUCCCGCCACCCGACGCUGGUGUUGCCGCUGGUUCCUGAACUGCUCAGCACGCAUCCGUAUUUUGACACGCCAGAGCCAGACAUGGACGAUCCAGCCUACAUUGCCGUUCUGGUUCUGGUGUUCAACGCUGCUAAGUCGUGUCCCACUAUGCCGGCGCUCUUCUCCGACCACACCUUCAGACACUACGCCUACCUGAGGGACAGCCUGUCCCACCUCGUCCCACCACUCAGAUUGCCGGGCAGAAAGCAGAUCUACGGCCUGGACUCGGUGGACUCGGGCUGUGGUACUGGUUCUGUAGAAUCGGCUCAGCUCUUCCUCCAGCAGAGUCUCAACAGAGUCAGCACCAUCCAGAACCUGGAGGCGCCCGGAGCCCAGGACCUGCUGGACUUCACCAUACGAGACCUCCAGCGGCUCGGGGAGCUGCAGACGGAGCUCGCUGGAGCUGCAGAUUUCUGUGCGACAUACCUGCGCUGCCAGCUGCUGCUCAUGAAGGCUCUGCAGGAGAAGCUGUGGAGCAUGGCGGUUCCUCUCUGCCUCAAACAAAACGUCACAGCCACAGCAGCCGCUCAGCAGAUCUUAGAGGAAACCUACAAGCUGGAGUUCCUGUACAGCGGUUUGGAGAGCAGACAGGUGGCCUCCAUACAUCACGUUCGCCUCCAGGCCAAAGCUCUGCAGCUCAUCCUGAUGGCUCGCACCAGACAAGGGUUGGAUCCACUCAUCAGCAGCUGUGAGAAGUUUCUGCAGGACAUUGAGUCCUUUCAGAGGUUGUUUCUGACCGAGCUGCCCCACCUCCAGGACAGUUUUGUUGAUAAGCUCUUGGAGCUGAUGCCUCGCCUGUCGUCUUGUAAACCAGUGGAGCUGGUGAAGAUCCUGCAGACGACCCUCAGACAGAGCGGCCUGCUGCAGCUCAGACUCCCUGAACAGAUCCAUCGAGCCACGGCCACCAUCAUAGAGCCGACGGGGGAGUCCGACAACCCGCUGAGGUUCACGUCUGGCCUGGUGGUGGCGCUAGACAUCGAUGCCACACUGGAGCACGUUCAGGAUCCUCAAAACACCGUUAAAGUCCAGGUUCUCUAUCCAGACGGCCAGAGUCACGUGAUCCAUCCUAAACCUGGAGACUUCAGGAAGCCCGGACCAAACAGACACCGACUCAUCACACAAGUUUAUCUGUCCCACUGGGCUUGGACAGAGCCGUCUCAGAUCGAGGUGCGCCUCCUGCUGGCCUACACCUCCUCCUCCUCCUCGUCCUCCACCUCCUCAGCUUCCAAGCUGGGAUGGAGCGACAGCAUGGACACCCUCCUGCCACCAGAGGCCGCCGUCGAGGGAACGAUUCAGUUCAGCAAACCUGUCAAAGUCUACAUCAUGCCCAAACCCGCCCGCCGUUAGAGGCGCUGGAACACGAGGACAGAGACUCCUUUCAGAUUUCCACUUUCACAAAAACAACUGUACAGAAAAACCACUUAUGGCGUAACAUAAUUUAUGUUGUAGGAAGUAGAGAGUGUUUUAUUACUUGUAGUAUUUGUUUGCCUUUUACUACUCUGCAGUAGUGUGUUAAAAAGACAGCGACACGGAGAUGAUUCAUUAUAUUUAUUUUGUGUAGCAAACAAGCAGAAAAUACAUUUUCCUCUCAUGAGAAAAUGUUUUUAUUAUCACCACCAUAUCAUCACAAUACAUUCCACAAAGUUGGCCUCUGAGGUCACCUGCAGGUUUGUGCAUCUUCAAUUUCUCCUAAAAUAAUCUCAUUAGCUAUUAGAUGGUGUUUGUGGAUUUCAUCUUUAUCUGGAAUCAAAUACACAAAGAGCUGCUCUUUUUUCUACUAUAUGUUUCAGAUACUUUAUUUUACAAAAUCAAAGGUUCAGGAACUUUACCAGGGGAAGAGAUUCCUAUUGUUUCCUGUAACUUGGCCAAGAAAUGAAAAGCAUGGCACAAAAGGUUCUUUCUAAAUUCAAAAAAACAGUGUCUAGAGUUUGAUGCAGAUCAAUGUAUUUGCUGUUGUGUCUUUAAUAAUGAAGGACGCUGAAUAGUUCUGAUCUGCCUUUGAACAAUACAACAAUAA